AAAAAAACAACAAGUUUCUGUUAUCAAAUCCGAAAUUGAAAAAUAAAAAGCAAGGGAGAAGAGAAAAAACAAAGUCUCAGUAUUCACGACAAUUCAUUCCUAAUAUUCUUCUCUUCUUCGAUACAUACCAUGCCCUCAGCUCAAGAUCCUUUCUACGUUGUCAAAUCCGAAAUUCAAGAAUCUAUUGAUAAUCUGCAUUCUACUUUUGAGCAAUGGAAACAUACUUCUGAUUCUGCUGAGAAAGUACGUGUUACGAAGGAGGUUCUUUCUGGAUGUGAAAGCAUAGAGUGGCAGGUGGAUGAAUUGGAAAAAGCAAUUGCUGUUGCUGCUAGAGAACCUUCUUGGUAUGGCAUUGAUGACGCUGAGAUUGAAAAUCGGAGGAGAUGGACAAGCAGUGCUCGUACUCAGGUUGGCACAAUGAAGAAAACAGUGGAUGCUGGAAAGAGCUCAAGUACAACAAGUAUUAAUGGGAUGCACCGAGAACUAAUGAGGCUACCGGAUUCCUAUCAACCUUAUGCAUCCAACCAGAAUGCUGCCAAUGAUAAUGAUGAUUUCAUUCAAUCAGAAUCAGAUAGACAGACGCUUCUUAUAAAGCAACAGGACGAGGAGUUAGAUGAACUUAGUUUAAGCGUACAAAGAAUUGGAGGCGUUGGACUCACAAUACAUGAAGAACUCCUUUCCCAGGAAAAGAUUAUAGACGAACUCGGUAAUGAGAUGGACAGCACAUCAAAUCGUCUAGAUUUUGUCCAAAAAAAAGUGGCAAUGGUUAUGAAGAAAGCUAGUGCAAAGGGCCAGAUCAUGAUGAUAUUGGCCUUGUUGGCCUUGUUCAUUUUCCUAUUUUUCUUAGUCUUCCUUACCUAGUCAGUGUUAAUGUGCUGUUUGUAUAUGGAAAGGGAUCACAUUUUUUGUUUGGAAAUACACGUUUAUUAAUUAGUUGGAAGCCUUGUUGUCCAUGGGUUCUGAUAGACAGUAGAAAAUUCUUCUUGUAAUGGAAAGGGGGCACUGUACUUCAUGAUUGAUAAUAGUUUUUUUACCUAUUUUGAUAAAAUUUUGAUUCUGGACAA